GUGUUUUGACAGUUCACUCCGAUUCCAUGUAAACACAGACAGUCACACCGGGCUACGGCAGCAGCCACGAUGCAUGUCCCCACACUGGUCACCGUGCUGGCUCUGCCCUUCCUGGUCAUGUCGCGUGGCGAGGGGGGUCGGGAUGGUACUGGAAUGCAAUGUUGGACGAACAGACCCCACAGGAGAAUUUCGGUCACACAGUUACUCCCUUCAGACUGUCAGGCGGCCACUGCGUCAGCGCUAUCUGAUCAAGGAGAGGAUGCAUCCGAGGGGAGACAACUCAGUGUUACACGAGACAAACACAAACACACACAACUGAAGUGGAAAGUAAACAAAAAGGGUGAUCGUGUAUUUGCAGUGAGUGUUGUGAAUGAAAGUUUCAAUUCAUCAGAGUGUUACCUGGUCAACACCACGUCUGUGAAAUUAGGAAAGAAGGGGAAACGAAAACUUAUUCGAUGCAAAUAUGACCGCAAAGUCAAAGAUACCAAGGGCAGACAACUCCUACUAACAGUUGUUCCCGUGAACAGUUCACUUGACGCUAUCGGCGGGAUCUUGUCGCAUAAACUGUCACCUCGAAUGUCAGCACCACCACUGUCGACGACGCCCGCCCCUACAGGCUGCUUCAACUGGCGGCCCGACAACAUCAGCGGAACAGUAACCGGAAAUGGAACCAUCACUGUCACGUGGUUUCCGGCUUUCCGAGACGGUGGUCUGCGGGUCUCUCUUUACGAUAAGAACACGGAACAAGUUGUUGGUGACAAACAAAUCCUAUCUUAUGAGACAUUUUUGGACGAGAUCACCAAUCACACAUUUGAGGGCGUGGAGAAGGGUAACUAUGAAGCACGGAUCAAGCCUACAGGCUGCAAGGACUGCCGGGAGUGGGAGACUGAAGAAUGCCACGUGAAUUCCGUGGCAAGUGACCCCAUCUUUGCGAGCGAACUGACAACACCGACUCCUUUCGGCUGCUACAACUGGCGUCCCAACACCAUCACACUUAUUCUGGUUAACCGAACUUUAAAAGUCACGUGGUCGCCAGCGUUCAAAAAAGGUUCUCUUGAAGUCUAUCUCUACGACAAAGAAGAAAAUAAACCAGUUGCCAGUCACACGUACAAGUCUUAUGAGAUAUAUGACCAGGACAUCACAAAAUAUACAUUCCAGAAUGUCAAGUUUGGAAGAUACGAAGUUCGGAUCAAACCUACAGGCUGCAAAGACUGCCCGGAUGUUGAGACUAAGGGAUGUCACGUGAACCCCAUGUCCAGUGACCCCAUCCGAGUGUUCCGCCCUGUCGAAGAGCCUGGCUUCAUAUACGCAGUAUCCCCAUCCAGUAUUGAAGCCUCUAUACGGGACAAUUCGGCGACGUUCUAUUUCAUGAUUGCGGUGACGAUACUAGCCGUAAUCAGCGCUGUUGCCAUGGCAAUAAUGUGCAUAAUGAAAGAAUCAAUGCCUUGCUUCACUAGGAAAUGUGACAAUGUAAAACAGUGUAAGCCCAGUCAACCGUUCAACGUGGUGUACACAAAACUGAGUAAAAUGGAGACUGGUAGGGAUGGUGAAACAGUGCGCAUUGUCAUUCUUUAUGGCGUAGACCAUGACUACCACAUCCAGGCGGUCAGGGCGUUUGCCCAGCUGUUGAGGAAGCUGUUGAACGCCGAGGUGGUCGUCGAGAGGGAACAGAGUAGACGCGACGUUGUUAACAUCGCAGACUGGGUUACGACGAAUCUCGAGCCGCCGACGGUCGUCAUCGUCGUCGCCUCCGAGGGUCUGUAUCAGCUGUUCAGCCACCACAGUGGCCAACAGGGUGAGUGUAUCAGCACGCUGCAGUCGGAUAUGUUCGCCGACUUCAGCUCCAAGGCGCUUGGGUAUCUCAGGGAGAAGAGUUUCACCACCACCAGAUCACAAAUCGUACUUCCGGUGUCUUUUGGCUACGAGCAUGGUGACGACAGCCUGAACAAACUCAUGGAGUCAUGUAGAUUGUUAUUCAAAGGAGUAUAUUUCAAAGUUACGGAAUCGGCGUACGAAGGACAGAGACUUUUAUACUUGGAUGAACUCCUGCAGUGUCUGAACAUGAACCAGGCAAUUCAUGUUCCCAAUAACAUGCCUGAAGCUCAAGCCUUCCUAGGCUAUGUUGAUGCUAUGAAUGACCAUAUCAGGAUUUUCGGAAGCACGUGCUGGAAGUACGAUCCGAGUAUUAGGUACUACGACGAGCAGACGAUCUACAGUCGGGCGUCAAGUACAGGAAAUCACAUGAACGUCGGGGAUACUUUCAGCAUAGGAAGUGGCGUCUCGGGUACCAGUAAAGUGACCGUGAACUACACCUGCAGGAACUGCCGUGCUUCAAGCUUAUUAACGUUGCCUACCAGCGCAGUCGGUUCUGUCAGUGACACGGGAGUGCGAUCUGGUCGUCGAUAUAGAAUAUCGGAGUCGAGUUGCGUGUCGGAGCCGGUCUCCGAGUCACGUGACGAGGCAGAUGUGUUUUAUUCUGAAAGCGAAAUUGGUCCCGAGACACGUGACCCGAUAUACGACUCAAGAAUUGAGUCAUCUCCCUCGACAGAAACGUCAUUCAUUGAACCUGUGCAUUUGGAACAGACGGAUAUUGUAGGAAGAGAUUGUUAAUUACUGUAAACUACGGUUAUAACGAACUCCAAAGGGACAACUAAUUUUAGUUCGUUAUGAGCAUAUUUACAGCAUAUAUACAACAAAUGGAAGGGACAAAAAAACAGUUCGAUUUACCCGUCUGUUCGUCAUAAGCGUGUUCGUUAUAAACAUAGUUUACUGUAUGUCAUUUCUGAUAUCGCUGAGUCUCGGUGUUUCAAGUGUGGUGCUCUUCUUGGAGAAAUCCAGGGAUCAAUAUUAGUUCAAAUUCGAGUUGAUUUGUAUUUAAUUUAUACUACUCAACAUUUGCUGAGGACUGCAUCUUUAACUGAGAUGAUUAUUUUGGUUCUAAACAAAUGUUGCGUAGUAUAUAGGAGGAGGCUUUGUUGCAUAAUUCUACACCAUUGUAUAGAAUACUUAUGCCGAGGGCAUUUUUUCGGAAUCCUAGAGAAAUCCCGGAGAUAUUAUAAGGAUAACGCCAUUUUUCAGGGCAUUAUCAUUUGCAGAAGCCUGAGGUUUUGCAUUAACUGCCCGACGGAGGA